CAACCAACGCAUGGGGGUUGCUGUGAAAACAAACAGUCCAAGUUGAGAAGCUGUGGUGUGACUGCUAACUUUUGACCCCCUGGCCAAACACAAUGAAUGAUUCAAUCCAGAAAAUGGAGUCCAGAGGGAAUGCUGCCUUACAUUGUUACUUGUCUUCCCUUAGAGUUGUGAUCGCAUAGGUCUUAGUUCUUUGUUAGUUUGUGGAGUGAUGCAGUAUUGUGAUUCCCUCCUUUGGUGUGACUUCAGUGUGUUGAGUGUGGGCGUGAGUGUUUAAGUUUGCUUUAUCUUUAAAGUCAGGGCCUGAGCUGCCUCGAUAGAGGUGUUCCAGCUGGACACUAGUCCUUCCAACGGUCACUUGUUGUUUUUACUUUUUUAUUUUUGAGGCUAUGCUAGGGUGGGGGCAUGCUUCAGGUUGUUACAGUGGACUGCGGCCUUUGUUUACUGUGGAGCCACCUCGGCCUGGUAUGCCUCAGAAGAUAGUUAGCUUAGUUUGGAUUUGUAUAAAGUUCUGUGAGUUCUCGUGCUCUUUAUUAGGCAUUGCUGUGUUGGGUCCAUGAUCCUAACUUUAGUGUAUUUACUGGCUAUUGUUAAGUUCUUGAGUUUCUAGCGCUUUAGGCUUAAUUAGGCUUAAAGGGUAGUAUCCAGGCCUACUUUAGAAUAUGGUGUUGCAGCCAUUUUGUGUAGUUUUGCCCCCUUGUGUUAGCUGUGUGCUCUAUUGGACCUAUUUUGUGUUUUUGGUGCAUGUAAAUAAGCAGCAGUGGUUGCUUUGUGUAAAGCCUUAUUUGUGUCUAGCUGUUGUGAAAUAAUGGUGACUUUUGAGGGUUUUUGAGAAUCGCCUAGUGAAGAGCUGCUUGAAAACUUCACUAAAUAAACAACUUCAGCUGGCAUCUAGUUAUCAAACUUUCGAGCUUUUUAAAAACAAAAAAAAUCAAGCAGGUCAUCAGCAGAUAGCAACAUCUUAUUACAACAGAGUCAAAUAGUCAUAUCGCAUUCCAGACAGCUGUUAACCCAGUUUGCCCAGUAUUGAGUGUUCGCAACAAAAUUGCAGCUGAAAUUGUCAAAUGGAAACAUCAGCAAGCCUACAUAAAUAUAUAAAGCCAAUAUUUCAGCUGAUGUUUUGCUUGUGUUCAUUCAAGAAACAAGGUGGGUUGAACGUCGACAGCUAACUAUUAGCACCCUUGCCAGCAACCAGAAGUAAUCUCUGCUAAUUUAGCCAAUAGAAACUAAGUAAAUUCUACACAUUUCCACAAUUGAAUGCAGUACAAGCCAGAAAACAAGAAAAACAAGACAAGGUUCUCAGUCAGAACUCAAUGUGUUAGUCAGCAACAAGUAAAUCAAGUUAGUCAGAACCUAAAGCAAAUUACUCUAUACUGGUUUGAAGGGGGUGGUAAGCAGGCAUUUCUUUAUACCCAUACAGCAGCUCCACUUUUCCAGAGCAUACGCCCCCCUCAGUACUUUUGCCUUUUGCUCCACCCCUUGCCCUGCUGUGCCCACCCCUACUGGCACACAGUGCAGAAUGCAGAGUGGAGUUUAUUUUCCUCUUGAUAUGAGCCUGACAUGACAGGAGAGAGUCACCAUCAGAGUUUGGCCUCCUUUCCUCUUUAGCCUCCUCUCGUCCAUGACCUUUGACUGCCGUUGGGCCCAUUCCAACUUCUGCGCCGCUGCCGUGCUGUCGCCAUCUCCAUGGACUAUGAUGAGGUCACCUCUUUCCUCGGAGAGUGGGGAGCUUUCCAGAAAGCCGUGUUCCUCUUGCUCAGCCUGAGCACGGUGCCCAAUGGCUACGCGGGAAUGGCAAUGGUCUUCCUUGGGGACACGCCGGGCCACCGCUGCCAGCUCCCCUUCCUCAACGCCAGCCAUCACCACAACCUGAGCCAGGCACUGCCCCUGGAGGAGUGGGCCGGAGGAGGGGGAGAGCAGGCUUUCAGCAGGUGUCAGCGCUACAGGCGGGCGAAUGGCACGGGGCCAGGUUUCAGCAACGACACGGAGGGCUGUCUGGAUGGCUGGCACUUUGGCAGCGAGCAGUACAAGUCCACGAUAGUGACCGAGUGGAGUCUUGUGUGCGGAGACUCCUGGAAGGUGCCAUUCAGCCUGUCUGUAUUUUUCAUGGGUGUUCUGAGUGGCUCAUUUGUGUCUGGCCAGAUCUCCGACAGAUUUGGUCGUAAGGUGACACUGUUCGUUACCAUGGCGGUGCAGACCGUCUUCAGUCUCGUGCAGGUGAUGUCUGUCAGCUGGGUGAUGUUCUGUGUCCUCUACUUCAUCGUUGGCCUGGGUCAGAUCUCCAACUAUGUUGCUGCCUUCGUCUUAGGCUCAGAGUUGCUGGGGAAGUCUACCCGGGUGACCUUCUCUACCCUGGGUGUGUGCGUGUUUUAUGCUAUUGGCUACGCUUUGCUCCCGCUCCUUGCAUACUUCAUUAGAAGCUGGAGAGUGCUGCUGGCGGCGCUUUCAUUACCAGGGCUCCUCUACAUUCCCCUCUGGUGGCUGAUUCCAGAGUCUCCGCGUUGGUUGCUAGCCCAGGGCCGCAUCGACGAGGCAGAGGCAAUUGUACGAGCCAUAGCCAGGAAAAAUGGAGUAACUGCACCAGCAGUCAUAUUCAAGGAUUAUCAACUGCAAGAGGUUACUGACCAGUCACACAAUGCAACAAACACAUACAUGGACCUCGUCAGAUUCUCCACGAUCAGGAACAUAACCUUCCUCCAUGCUUCUGUGUGGAGUAAACUACUCAUACUACUGCAUAUGAUAUGUAGAUAUGGCAACAGCUUACACCAUAGUCGAUGCUCAAAUCUCCAUUGCCAUCGUCAUCAUUUUUUUCACUGCUCACACAUUCCAUUUAGGUUCAUCAUCAGCAUCAGCUACUUCGGCUUGUCCUUGAGUACCCCUAACAUGAAUGGAGACCCCUACCUUAACUGCUUCCUCUCAGCCCUGGUGGAGAUUCUGGCCUACUUUGCAGCCUGGCUCCUCCUCAAAUGGGUCCCCCGGCGAGCCGUCCUCACAGUCCCGAUGCUCACGGGGGGUCUGGUGCUGUGUCUUAUCCACUUCGUGCCUCCAGACUACAGCGUUUUGAGCAUGUCUCUGGCCAUGGCUGCCAAGUUUGGUGUCACGACUGCUUUGUCAGUUCUCUACAUCUCGGCCGUGGAGAUGUUCCCCACUGUGGUGCGAGGGAUGGGCAUAGGGAUGUGCUCCAUGGCCUCCAAGAUAGGGAGCACCAUCGCUCCCUUCUUCCCUUUUCUAGAUAUCUAUGACAAAAAGCUUCCGUACAUCUUAAUGGGCCUGCUGACACUGGUGGCUGGUCUGCUGAGCACCCUUAUGCCUGAGACACGAGGAGCUCCCCUCCCACAGCAACUCUCCGAAGUGCCGACCCUGAACUGGUUUUGUACUAAAUGUAAAGUACCUGCCAAACAGAAGCACCCUGAAGAAGAUGGAGGUCUCUAAGGGUGGCACACUCAGUGCCUAUAAAUGACUGCAAAUAGAUGGGGUCUAUCUAACAAGAUCAGACUAUUUAAUUGUCAAACCCCAGAAGAAUUCCACAGGAAAUGUAAAUGGCAGUGGCACCAGAGUUAAUAUGGCCUAUGGGAGACCAUUGUACGAUGUAACAUAUUUUCUUAUAACAUACUGUGGCGUGCAGUGGGAGUGUGUGUUAUGUGAGUGUAUUCCCUUCAUGUCCCUGUCAUGUGAUGUGUCCCAAUGUUAAUAGUAUAGAAUGUAUUUGUCUUAAGAGUUACGUUUUUUACUGUUCUGUUUUGCAAUGUCUGGUGUUUCCCUCUUGUGUUAUUGUCAGCGUGUAUUUGUAGCGAUGUAGAGCCAGUGGGAUUUGUUAAUGCCCUGUGUUGAGGGUCUUUUCCCACCCUGAGUCUGUAAAGUGUGUCCGCGUAAGAGAACCCCGCUUCCAUAUGCCAUUUUGUUCUUGAAUGGUUCUGCCUGUUUUGAUAAAUGGCAAGAACACCAAAAA